CACAGAAUGAUCACGCCAUAUGAAGGUUCCAAGUAGUCUGAGGAGCUGGUUGGAGGAUUAAGAAAGGAGUCAGAUGGGCAAGGCUUCACAGAGGAAGCAACGUGACUAUGAGAACAUAUCAAAGCCAAAGGCCUGUUUAAACACCUCAAUCCCCUUGAGGAUGUCCAGUUAUACAUUUAAGAGGCCAGUCACUAGAAUCACAUCCCAUCAGUGCAAUGAGGUGAGAUAUCAUCAGUGGGAGGAGACCUUGGACAAGCCCCAACAAGUCUGCUGGCAGAAGAGACUGCAAGGACUCCAGGCCUACAGCAGUGUAGGAGAACUUUUGAGCACUUCAGAUCUCACCAAAGCAUUGCAAGACCUUACACCUAGAGGCACAGAUGCCUCUGUUUCAGAGACUCAAGCCAACAGCAUUGACUCCAGGCCCAUGCCCACCCAUAAGUCAUCUUCGCAUUUGGUGGAGAUGAUUCCAGAAGCAGGUAUCCCACGGACCUUUUGCAAUCAGUUUCUCGUCACUGAAGAAGAUAUUAGCAACCAGGAAAGGAAAGUGAAAAUAGCAAGAGAAAGACUGGCAGGUGCAUUGAUUGCACACAGGCUAGCCAACGAGGCAGAGAAAAUGAGGGAGUCAAGGAAGGCAAACUUAUAAACACAGGGAUGGGGAGCAGGGGAGCAGGUACUGCAGAUGAAAUGCAGACUUGUUUUAACACUU